AUGAUCCCUGUCACAAAGACGGAGUGGAAAACGAUUGCAAUGGUCAUGGACGGAUUCUUCGGCGAUGAUUGUCAAAUAACGCCUUGUACACAAAGUCCGUGCGCUAAUGGAGGAUCUUGCACGGUUGAUGGUGACUUAUUCAGUUGUGUUUGUCUUGAUGGAUACGAUGGAGAUCUUUGUCAAAUAACACCAUGUGAUACCAAUCCCUGUGAAAAUGGAGGAGAAUGUCAACUGCCGCCUGAAGGAUCAUAUCAGUGUGAGUGUCCAGUUGGUUUAACUGGCGAGCAUUGUCAAAUUACUGGCUGUAGAAAACCCGACAUUUGCGAAAAUGGCCAUUGUGAAAUCGUUGGAAAUGAAAAUAAGUGCAUUUGCGACCCUGGCUAUUCUGGAAAUUUUUGCGAAAAUGACCCUUGUCAUGAAGGAGACCGCAAACUUUGUAACAAUCACGGGAGUUGCAUCGUUGAUCUUCCGAGUUAUACUUGUAAUUGUAAUACGGGAUUCACCGGCGACAACUGCGAAACGACACCUUGCACAACAAGUCCAUGUUUUCACGAAGGAACUUGUUUUUUCUUCAAUAACGGAACGUACAACUGCGCUUGCCCUGAUGGCUAUUAUGGGGAGCAUUGCGAGAAAACACCUUGUUCUUCUGUCGAUUGUUUACACGGAGGAAGUUGCUCCGUCACUGGUAGCACCUUUAUAUGCGCCUGUAUGAGCGGAUUUGAUGGUCAGUUUUGUGAAAAAACUCCCUGUGAAGACAUCACUUGUGAUAAUGGCGGAACAUGUCAGUUCGACGAAAAGGGAUUAUCAAGCAACUUUGAAUGCAUUUGCCUUGAUGGCUACUCUGGUGAAUUUUGUGAAGAAACUUCUUGUGACGAUAUCACCUGUGAAAAUGGUGGAUCAUGUCGAGUAUUAGAUGACCGAUCUGCUAAUUUUUAUGAAUGCGACUGUCUCGAGGGAUAUUCAGGCGUCCAUUGUGAAAUAACUCCUUGCUCAAAUAAUGAUUGCAAGAAUGACUUUACGUGUACAGAUGUCGGUUCGGGAUAUCGAUGCGAUUGUGCUGAUCCAUUUUCUGGACAAUUUUGUCAAAUAUCUCCAUGCACAGGCGAGCCUUGUGAUCACGGGGGAAUUUGCACAAUUCAAGACGGAAAAUAUCAUUGCGAGUGCAAAGAUGGGUUUUCCGGAAACGAAUGUUAUCAAACCCCUUGUUCUCCAGGACCAUGUCAAUAUGGCGGGACAUGCCAUUAUUCAGAAGAUGGCUCAUCCCCAAAUUAUCAAUGCACUUGUAAAAAUGGAUACUCGGGGGAAAAUUGCGAAAAAACACCAUGCGAUGAUCACAACUGCCUUAAUGGAGCCACCUGCGUUCUCGGUGGCGAUGGCUUCACUUGUUCUUGUCCAGAAGGAUAUUCUGGAGACACUUGCGACUUAACACCUUGUUCUGAAAAUAAAUGUCUGUACGGUGCUGACUGUCAAAUAACUGGAAGUACGUAUGAAUGCGAGUGUCUGGAUUAUUUUGCUGGUGAUUUUUGCGAAAUUACUCCAUGCGACAAUAAGAGUCCCACUAAAUGUGAAGCCAAGGGUAAUGGCCAGUGCGACGUUAAAGAUAACGGAGAGUUCACAUGCACAUGCAAUCCGGGCCACUGUGGAGCUUUAUGCAAUGAGAAAAAUUGUAAUAAUGGAUAA